AUGCACCCUCCUCUCUACAAGAACAAGCAUCCUUCUUGCAUUGAGGUCAUUGACGCGCUCAACCGCUGCCACAAGGAGAGGAGCAUUGCCAAGUUCUGGGGCGUGUGCACAGAUCAGAAGCUUGCUCUGGACGCCUGCUUCCGCCAGGAGAAGAAGGACAACAGAGCACGCAACUUUGAGAAGGCCAGGGCCGAGCGCGAGCGCCUGGAGGUCAAGAUCGGGACUGGGGCUGCGACGCCCGGCUACGGCGUGAGGAGCCAGCACGCCGAGACGUGA